CCGUGCGGCUGGGAAGUGCCGGCCCGGGAGCAGCUGGGUGCCGCGGCGGGAAAAGGAGCGGGGAGAAGCAGAGGGCAGAGCCGAGGAGCUGCCGGCGGCUUUCCUCCUCCUGGCUCCUGCCCAUGUGUCCGCCGCACAGCCGGGGCUUGGGAGGGGCGCUUCGGCGCACAGUAAUGUAUGAAGUGUCAUUGGAUACUACAGAGAUGUGGUGAUGAGCUAGACGGGAAAAGUGCUGAAGUCGGCUGGGUUUUUCUGAAGGGUGACAGCUAUCAUGACUGUCUUCAGGCAGGAGAACCUGGAUGAUUAUUAUGAGACUGGAGAAGAACUUGGCAGUGGGCAGUUUGCUGUAGUGAAAAAAUGUCGUGAGAAGAGCACUGGUCUACAGUAUGCUGCAAAAUUCAUCAAGAAACGGAGAACAAAAUCCAGCCGACGGGGAGUGAGUAGAGAAGACAUUGAGCGCGAAGUUAACAUACUGAAAGAGAUUCAGCACCCCAAUGUGAUCACACUGCAUGAUGUUUAUGAGAACAAAACAGAUGUUAUUCUUAUUCUGGAACUUGUUGCAGGUGGGGAGCUCUUCGAUUUUUUAGCUGAAAAGGAAUCUCUGACUGAGGAGGAGGCCACAGAAUUUCUCAAACAAAUCCUUAAUGGUGUUUACUAUCUUCACACUCUGCAAAUUGCCCAUUUUGAUCUCAAGCCUGAAAACAUAAUGCUGCUGGAUAGAAAUGUACCAAAGCCCCGCAUUAAGAUUAUUGACUUUGGCUUAGCACACAAAAUUGACUUUGGAAAUGAGUUUAAAAAUAUCUUUGGAACACCAGAGUUUGUUGCUCCUGAAAUAGUAAACUAUGAACCCCUUGGUCUUGAGGCAGAUAUGUGGAGCAUCGGUGUAAUAACUUACAUUCUCCUAAGUGGUGCAUCACCAUUUCUUGGAGAAACAAAACAAGAAACGUUAGCAAACGUAUCUGCUGUGAAUUAUGACUUUGAGGAAGAAUUCUUCAGUAAUACCAGUGCCCUAGCUAAAGAUUUUAUAAGAAGACUUCUAGUUAAGGAUCCAAAGAAGAGAAUGACAAUUCUAGAUAGCUUGCAGCAUCCCUGGAUCAAGCCUAAGGAUACCCAACAAGCACUUAGCAGAAAAGCAUCUGCAGUAAAUAUGGAGAAAUUCAAGAAGUUUGCAGCACGAAGAAAAUGGAAACAAUCAGUACGCUUAAUUUCAUUGUGCCAAAGAUUAUCAAGAUCCUUCUUAUCCAGAAGUAACAUGAGUGUUGCUAGGAGCGAAGAUACCCUGGAUGAGGAGGAUUCAUUUGUGAUGAAAGCCAUCAUUCAUGCCAUCAAUGAUGACAAUGUUCCUGGACUACAGCAUCUCCUGGGUUCGCUGACUAAUUACGAUGUCAAUCAACCCAACAAGCAUGGAACACCACCACUGCUAAUUGCUGCUGGCUGUGGAAACAUUCAGAUGCUUCAAUUACUCAUAAAGCGAGGAUCCCGUAUUGAUAUUCAAGAUAAGGCUGGAUCUAAUGCAGUCUACUGGGCUUCUCGACAUGGUCAUGUACAAACUCUGAAAUUUCUCUGUGAAAGUAAAUGCCCUUUGGAUGUUAAGGAUAAGUCUGGAGAGACAGCGCUCCAUGUGGCAGCUCGGUAUGGUCAUGUAGAUGUGGUUCAAUAUCUCUGCAGCAUUGGGUCCAAUCCCAAUUUUCAAGACAAGGAAGAAGAAACUCCUUUGCAUUGUGCUGCUUGGCAUGGCUACUACUCUGUUGCCAAAGCACUCUGUGAGGCAGGUUGUAAUGUGAACAUUAAAAACAAAGAAGGGGAAACUCCACUCCUGACAGCAUCAGCUAGAGGUUACCAUGAUAUUGUGGAAUGCUUGGCAGAACACGGAGCUGACCUUGAUGCAACAGACAAGGAUGGACACAUAGCCCUGCAUCUUGCAGUGAGAAGAUGUCAAAUGGAAGUAGUUAAAACUCUCAUCGGUCAGGGAUGUUUUGUAGAUUUCCAAGACAGACAUGGUAACACCCCUAUGCAUGUGGCCUGCAAAGAUGGGAAUGUCCCUAUUGUGAUAGCACUCUGUGAAGCAAGUUGUAAUUUGGAUGUUACAAAUAAGUAUGGACGAACACCUUUACAUCUGGCAGCAAAUAAUGGAAUCCUUGAUGUUGUCAGGUACCUCUGUCUCACUGGUGCCAACGUAGAAGCUUUAACCUCUGAUGGGAAAACAGCAGAAGACCUCGCUAGAACAGAGCAGCAUGAACAUGUAGCCAGUCUUCUUGCAAGGCUCAAAAAGGAUACACAUAGAGGACUUUUUAUCCAACAGCUUAGACCUACUCAAAACCCACAGCCGAGAAUAAAACUUAAGCUGUUUGGACACUCAGGGUCUGGAAAAACUACUCUAGUGGAAUCUCUCAAGUGUGGUCUAAUAAGGAGCUUUUUUAGAAGACGAAGACCAAGGCUUUCCUCCACAAACUCAACCAGAUUCCCACCUUCACCCUUGUCUACCAAACCAUCAGUUUCAGUGAGCAUUACAAAUCUUUACCCUGGCUGUGAAAAUGUUAGCGUGAGAAGUCGAAGCAUGAUGUUUGAGCCAGGCCUUACCAAAGGAGUGCUAGAAGUAUUCGUUUCACCAUCUCACCAUUCUCACUGCUCUGCAGAUGACCAGUCUACAAAGGCCAUCGACAUUCAAAAUGCCUACUUGAAUGGAAUUGGUGAUUUCAGCGUGUGGGAAUUCUCUGGGAAUCCUGUAUAUUUCUGCUGUUACGAUUAUUUUGCUGCAAAUGAUCCCACCGCAAUUCAUAUCGUGCUUUUCAAUCUUGAAGAACCUUAUGAAAUCCAGUUAAAUCAAGUGACCUUUUGGCUUAAUUUCCUGAAAUCACUGGUCCCAGUUGAGGAACCCAUAGCAUUUGGUGGAAGGCUGAAAAAUCCAUUGCGUGUUGUCCUGGUGGCCACCCAUGCUGACAUUGUGAACCUUCCUCGCCCUGUUGGAGGAGAAUUUGGAUAUGACAAAGACAUGUCAUUGCUGAAAGAAAUCAGAAACAGGUUUGGAAAUGAUCUUCAAAUUUUGGACAAGUUAUUUGUUUUGGAUGCCGGAGCAUCUGGCUCUAAAGAUAUGAAGCUUCUUCGAAAUCACCUACAGGAAUUAAGAAGCCAGAUAAUUUCUAUUUGUCCACCUAUGACUCCCCUUUGUGAGAAAAUGAUCUCCACUCUCCCUUCUUGGAGAAAAAUCAAUGGACCCAAUCAGCUGAUGUCAUUGCAGCAGUUUGUAUAUGAUGUACAGGAUCAGCUUAAUCCAUUAGCAAGUGAAGAUGAUCUACGGCAUAUAGCCCAGCAGCUGCACAGCAUAGGAGAAAUAAACAUCAUGCAGAGUGAAACUGUCCAAGAUGUUGUGCUCCUGGAUCCUCGCUGGCUCUGUUCUAAUGUCCUGGGGAAAAUCCUGUCAGUGGAGAAUCCCAAAGCCCUACAUCAUUACAGAGGUCGGUAUACCAUAGAGGACAUCCAGCGCUUGGUAUCAGACAGUGAUGUGGAAGAACUGAUACAGAUUUUGGAUGCCAUGGAUAUCUGUGCUAGAGAUCUUAGCAGUGGAGCAAUGGUGGAUAUUCCAGCACUGAUCAAGACUGACAAUCUUCAUAGGUCUUGGACAGAUGAGGAGGAUGAGGUUCUGAUUUAUGGUGGUGUUAGAAUUGUUCCUGUGGAACACCUUACCCCAUUCCCUUGUGGAAUUUUCCAUAAAGUUCAAGUGAAUCUGUGUCGGUGGAUUCACCAACAGAAUGCAGAGGGAGAUGCAGAUAUACGUCUCUGGGUAAAUGGAUCAAAGAUUGUGAAUCGUGGGGCUGAGCUUUUAGUGUUGCUGGUCAACCAUGGUCAGGGUAUUGAGGUUCAAGUUAGAGGACUAGAAACAGAGAAGAUCAAGUGCUGUUUGCUUCUGGAUUCUGUUUGUAGUACCAUUGAUAACUUAAUGGCCACAACAUUACCAGGCCUGCUGACUGUGAAACAUUAUCUUAGUCCUCAGCAGCUGAGGGAACAUCAUGAACCAGUAAUGGUCUACCAGCCUAGAGACUUCUUCCGGGCACAAAGCCAAAAGGAGACAUCAUUGACUAAUACCAUGGGUGGUUAUAAAGAAAGCUUCAGCAGUAUAUUGUGCUUUGGAUGUCUGGACAUCUACUCACAGGGAGGUCUAGGAAUGGAUAUUCAUGCUUCGGAUCUGAAUCUUCUUACAAGGAGGAAAUUUAGUCGACUUUUGGAUCCACCUGAUCCUAUGGGAAAGGACUGGUGCCUUCUGGCUAUGAACCUGGGCCUUCCCGAUCUUGUUGCAAAAUAUAAUACAAACAAUGGAACUCAAAAUGAUUUUCUCCCAAGCCCAGUCCAUGCCCUUUUGCAGGAAUGGAGCAAUGGCCCUGAGAGCACUGUAGGUAUCCUAAUGUCUAAACUGAGGGAAUUAGGCCGCAGAGAUGCAGCAGACUUUUUAUUGAAGGCAUCAUCUGUAUUCAAAAUGAAUGUAGAUGCUAAUGGCCAAGAGGCCUAUGCUUCAAGUUGUAACAGUGGGACAUCUUAUAAUUCAAUUAGCUCAGUAGUGUCACGGUAAGAACAGAAGUUUUGCAUGGACAGUAUCUUUUCAAACCGCAGAACGUAUAAAAGGUACAACAUGAGGUUCUAGACAUACUAAUUUAUAAGCUUCUGUAUUGAAGGGUCUUCAUCCUUCCCUAUCACCACCUUUUAUGUGAAUAAUCUUUCUACUUUUAACUGUGAACUGUUGAUUUUUAUUUUAGCUAUUAAAAGGCUGGUGUAACUCUGGUGUUUUACAAUUCUAUUCUGAUAUACAACGUGCUGCUUAAUAUUGCCAUUUUAACUGGGAAGUCUGACUUUUGGGUGAUGUACUAUAAUGUGUUUGUUUGUUUUUUUAAAGAAAUUGAGUUUUCCUAAAAGGAAAAAAAGUUGUACAUUCAUCCAAAAUGUGUUUCUUAUGCCCUGUUUUGUCUUUUCAUCAUAUUUUUUGCUUAACUUUUUUACAUUUGUAGGGGGAAAACAACAUUUAUGGUCAAUUUGCUGGAAAUUAACACCAUAUUAUUUAUAAAUGAAAAAAGUGAGUGCCUUUUGCAGAAAAGAGUGUGGUUGAAUUGAGUGAUUGUGCUGAAGUUGUAGGAAAAUGCUACCUCUGUUUCACUGUCUGCAUGCUGAUCAUUGCAGGUGGUACUUGCCCUUUUUGUUUCACCUGCAGCUUUAAGACAUUUGGAAAAUGAGAAAUUCAUUAUUUUACAAAGAGUUCUCAUGUUGAUACUAUGUGUACAAAUGCAUAAUACUCAAUAAGCUUUGAUUUCAAUUGAUCCAUAAUGUGAAAAAAUCUGUUAAGCCUACCGUCACGCUUCAUUAUGUCCACACAUCUCAGGUAAAACUUCAGAGUUGUAGAAUUUGCCAAGACACGCAUAAAAUGUUCAGUCCUGCAAAAUAAUAAUUGUAUAGCUGUCAGUUGUCAUUUGUGCAUAACAAAGUUUUCCACUUUUAGAUCCUGGUUUGCUUAUUUCCUGUACUUGAAGAUUUAAAAAAAGGAAGCAUGAUUUAUUGCAAUCAGAAAUUUAAAAUUGAUGUGAGGGAACAUGACCCAUUCUGUUCUGAAAAGCAUGUAAUUUUAAUGGUACAAUAUAUGUGUAUAUACAUA